AUGCAUAGAUGUCGUAUAUUUUUUUUACAAUUGACAGCGCUUGCCAAAGCUCAAGUCAUACAAGGAUCUAACUCUUCCGACUUUGGAAAUAUAAAGGGAUUUUAUUCAUCUCUAUCGUAUGAUUAUGAAUUUAAGGUAGUCGAAGUUCCGUCUAUGACUACUCAACUGUUACCAUUUCAGAAAGAAGGUGUAGGGUGGAUGGCUCACAGAGAAAUUAAUCAUGUAGGUGGAAUUAUGGCAGAUCAUCUAGGAAUGGGAAAGACAAUACAAAUGAUUGCACUUUGUUUGGUUUCUGACAAUGUCAAUCGACUUGUUGUUACAAGUAAAAUGAAGCGACUCAUUAUUGAGUCAGAAGGAUAUCGAUUACUCACCAUAGUUCGUCAACUUCAAAAUAUUAGCAUAAUCGCAAACUGUACCAAAUUGAAUCGCCCCGCAGAUGAUUUGAACAAUAUUUCUUUGAAAAUUGAAAAUGCGAUCUCAGACAAAUCCAAACACUGUACUUUUUCUAAAUUAAGGAAUGAGGUGGAUAAGUGGCUCGAUUUCACUGCAAAAUUUCAUCCUUCUUACCAAAAAAGAGCUACGUCUUUCCUGAAUGACGAAGAAAACCGUGAUUUUGAAAGCAUUCAAUCAAAAGAGUUUCGUACUCUUGUAGUGGUCCCUGCAUCCCUCAUGCUUCAGUGGCAGACUGAAAUUGAGUCAAAGGUAGACCCAUCCCGUGGAAUUAAAGUAUACUUGUAUCACGGUGAUAAUAAAUGGAUAACCAGUACAGAACUGGAAACAUAUGAUUUUGUAAUUACAACGUAUGAUACAUUAACAUACUCAGCGCAGAAUGCUUUUAUACCAGGGGAAUAUUCAAAAACCUUUGGAUUUAAUCGAAAAGAGGCUGGACCUCUAUUUCAUAUUCAUUGGAAGAGAGUCAUUUUGGAUGAGGCUCAUAUGAUUCGGCAUAGUAAAACCUUUCGUUGGAGAGCAAUUAGGGAACUUUGUGGUGUUCACCGAUGGGUAGUUACCGCAACACCUCUACACAACACAAUACAAGAUUUACAAAAUCUUCUCCAUUUUGUAGGACUAUCUAAACUCCCCCUGUUGCCCGGAUCUAAUACCGAGGAUCUUCUUAAUGAUCCGAUUCUCCAGCGCAGCAUCGCGCGCUCGCUUCAGCCAGCUUUUUUACGUCGAGGCCCCGUUAUGAUUCGGAACGGCGUCCGGGAAGUUCUUGUGCAGCUCCCACCUAAGUCUGAGGUUGUUAUAAAACAACCUUUUACUAUGAGAGAAUCCCAGAUGUACAAUAGUAUUUUAGCACGCUCAAGAAGUGCGUUAUCUGCUUCAGAAUAUAAAGAGGGCUCAUUUCACAUCUUUGCGAUGAUGACUAAGUUAAGACAGGUGUGUUGCCACCCCUGGAUCAGCCAAGGAAAAGUAUUACAGGUUUUUGUUUGCGGAUUGUGUAACACAGAAGCAACUGGAGCUGUCAUAACAAAAUGUGGACACCAUUUUUGUUAUGAAUGUCUUAUGAUUCGAUUUCGCGAGGUGGUAGAUAGUGACGAUAUUGCCAAUCGCCUACCAUGUCCCACAUGUGGAGCAGUUGUUUUGUACGAUUCAGUUUUUAAAAGGGUUACCCAAAGCUCAUCUGAUCGAAUUGCCCGAUACAGAAGAUCAGACUUCGAACUGAGCACCAAACUUGAUAUGAUACUCAAAGCAUAUCGAAAUAUGAGGUCAAAUUUCCCAGACGAUAAAAUGAUUAUCUUCUCGCAUUUCACAUCCUUCAUGGAUGUCAUCGCCGUGGCUUUGGAGCGCUUCGAGAUUGAAUUUAUGAGAAUCGAUGGUACCAUGACUCUUACCAAUCGAAAUAUUACCAUUCGAGGAUUUCAAACAAACCCAAACGUGAAGUUAAUUCUCGCAAGCAAAACUGCUACAGGGGUAGGUCUUAACUUGACAGCCGCUAAUCAUGUGCUGGUGGUUGAUCCAUGGUGGAAUCCCGCUAUUGAGGAGCAGGCGGUGCAUCGCUGCUAUCGUAUUGGUCAAAAAAAGCCAGUUUAUGUGUCUCGUUUUAUUAUAUCGGACACCAUCGAACAGUACUGCUACGAAAUUUGUCAGAAGAAGAAAGAAUUUGGCGACGCCAUAUUGAGAGCCGCAACUUCAGGGGAUUCAGGUGCCAAGCUUGCAGCCUCAAAACUUCAAGAGCUCGUUGCGCGAUUGAAAUUCGUUGACGGACAAAAUUCUACAACCACUGAUAAUAUUACAAAUGAAAAAAUAAACGCACCAUCCGAGGAGAAAAUACCUGGCGAAGACUAUUCUGAAGGCGCUUUAAUUACAAAGAUUUAA